AUGAGUACAAAGUUUUCUUUGUAUGAAAGCAAUCCCGAUGUCGACAAGUACGUCAACGAAGGACUGGUGUCAAUCAACCAAUUUGUUGAGAAUAUAAGUAAAGACCACCACUUAAAAGGUGCCGAGAUCAACAAACAAGCCUACCUCGACCCAAAGCCAUAUAUCAGGUCGUUUGAGAGCAAUUUGCGAGAAUUGAAUCAGUUGAGUGCUGAUGCCAAGACUCAAGAGUCUAAGAGUGAAAUUGAAGUGGAUAAUUUCGAAUUGAGACAUUCUGAGAAUGUCAUUGGACUAAGUCAACAGAUUGCGGAGACGACGGAUAAGUUCAAUUAUUUGGAUAAGCAAAUAUCAGAAGUCUCGAGCAAGAUCAAUCCCUUGGGUGUCACUAUGGAUAAGAUUUCAUCAUCAAGGGAUAAAUCGCAGGAGAUUAUAUUCCUCAUUAGGGCAUACCAUGGAUUCUAUACAAAGGGUGAGUACCCUCAUCUUGACACUUUGAAAAUCAGUGCUAAAGUUGAAGACAAUGUCAAAUGUGCAAAGUCGGUGAAAGAGUUGAUGAAACUAGCGAGUAGAAUAAGUGACGAAGCACUUCCAAAGACUCUCAAGUGUUUAAAAGACGUUGAGGCGUAUGGCAAAAAUAUGGAAAAUGAGCUUUUGCACAAUUUUGAAACCCUUUUGCAAGGAGAUGAAAGUACUGAUGGUAAUGUUGAUAUCAAGAGAAUGAACACCAUUGCAACAGUGUUGUUUGUCUACAAUGAUGGAGUAAACUUGAUUGAGACAUUUGUGAGCAAAAAUGCAAUUAACAAUAGCUUGGAUGAAGGAAUAUUUGACAAUGUUGGCGUGACAAGUAGCGACACUCAAGAAUUGGAGUCAAGGUUGCGAGAGUUUUAUCUCAAUGUCAAGUUUGAAAUCAAGUCGAAAGCACGUAUCAGUAAAAAGAUUUUUAAUGAUCCUGAUAUGGUUUUGAUUAUGGUUGUACAAAGACUAUACGAUGGUGUUAUCAAGGACCAGGUUUCGAGAGUAUUGGCAAGAGCUCGUGAAGUUGGUACUUUGUGUUAUUUAAAGACUAUAGGGGUGUUGAAGAAAGUGAUAUUUGAGUUUACUCAUGAGAUUAAGGACUACUUAGUGACAGAGGAUUUCAAUAAGGAUGGAAAUCUAUUAGCUGCAAUGGACCAGGCAUAUACGCAUCUCUUUCUGGAGUUUAUUCGCGAUGAUGUACUUCUUACCGAAGAGUAUAGGAAUAUUGAAGAGACCAUUGAUUCGACACUCCGGAGAUUUGAUCCCGUGGCUUUUUCAUACCAGUCAAAGUAUGAGACGAUUAAUACAGCACCUUCUUCGGAAGAUGAACAUAUUGCAUUUGCCAAUGAGAGAAAGAAAUUGGCACAGUUUAAGCAAUAUGUGAAAACCAAGAUUGGUGAAAAAAGACAGGACGAACGUGGUAUUUCGAAAUUAGAACUUGAGGAGGACGAGCUUGCUGCAAUUGAGGUUAUUGAGACACUUAUUAAAACGGUUGCUGAGUCUAUAGGGCGUAUGUUGGAGGUAUUACCACUGCGUGUUCCCGAGCAUGCAGUAUCUGCAUUAACAAUAUUGAUUUCCAAUUUUGACAAACUCUCGGUGCGCGAGGAGGUACAAUUACAAAGUCUGGAUUUCUUUUUAAGUCUUUACUCGAUCCAAUUCAAAAAGGAGCUUUUAUUUUGUUUGUCUACAUCAGCAAAAAAGAUUAUAUUCCCGUGUUUGGGUAGUCUGCCCGUGGCGAAAAGCAAAGCCAAAACUUUGAUCAACGAUUUUGUCAAGAGACAUGAAGAGAGCAUUAAUUUGCUCUUGAAAAAGACCAUUGAGUACUCACUCACGCAAAUACAAGGCUUGUUGAACAAGCAAAAGAAGAAAGAUUUUGUAUGUGAUAAGAUCGAGGAGGACACCGAAGCGUGCGAGUUGGUGAGUGGGUUCCUUGAAGAAAUGUACGCAAAUGUCAGCAUGGCAUUGAGUGGUUCUAAUUUGGAGACUUUUUUGGUUGCAAUUGGGCAUGGACUCUUACAGCAGUUGCUUGAGCAUUAUAAGAAAUUUGCGGUCAACUCUAUUGGAGGUGUUGUGCUAACAAGAGAUGUGAUCCAGUAUCAAAGUCGAGUUGAUGAGUGGAACAUUCCACUGUUGUCGGAAAAGUUUCAAAUUUUGAAGGAAAUUGGCAAUUUGUUUACAGUGCAAUCGGAUUUGGUCAACUCGUUGGUCACAGAGGGGCAAUUAUCGCAAAUGAAACCAUACACUGUGAGGCAGUAUAUCAGUAAACGAACCGAUUUCAAUCCUAGCUAUGCUGAUCGAUUCUUUAAAUUUAGGUAA